AUACGGGUGAAAUUUGGAGCCGAUUAUUCGAUCACCGACCAUUCAUUCAAGGUGAAAUAACAUUUUUCCUACGCGAAUUUCAGGUAAAGAACUUUUGAGUUCUUGCUAUUAAAUACCUGCAUUUCCAUACAAAAAAAAAUAUAUAUAUAUAUGAUUAUAUAAAAAAAUCUAUAAACUACUAUCUUAAUGAAGAUUAAUUGAUCAUUAUAUGAAUAUACAUUAACAAUAUCAUCUUACAUAACCUAUAAUUCGACAACCAAAAAAAAUUUAUAGGAAAAAAGAGACGAUCGAGAAGUGGAACGACUUUUCAAGAUACUUGAAUAUUCAACAGAUUUAAAAGAAAGUCAACUCGAUCGAACAGAACAACUUGGGGAUUGUCAUUUACCUAGCUUAAAAGCAAAUGUUGAUGUUGCUCUAAGUAUGUGUGAAAGAGUUCUUCAAAAAGAACAAGAUUUUGACAGUGAUAUAGCAUUACAAACAAAUAGAGAAGCAAGGAAAGUAGAAUGGGAAAAAUUUGUUAAUGAUAUGAGUGAAAAGUGUGAAAAAGUAAAUCAAACUUUUGAAGAGAAAGAAAACGAAAUAAAAGAAUUUUACAUUGAUUUAGAAAGAAAAUUACACAUCACAUCAUAAACAUAUAAUAACUAUUUCAUUCUUAUACAAAAUAUAGCAAUAUUAUAUUAAUAUAUUUUAUGCAUAUAUUCUAAUAAUUUAUAACAUAAAAUAAUACCAGGCUUGUAUUUAAUAUAUAAAAAAAAUUUAAUAAAGUUAUUUUAUUAUUAAUAUAACAUUUAUAUUUAUAAAAUACAAAAAUGCCAGUUGAAUCAAUAGAAGAUCCUUCUAUAAAAAUCAAACCAAAUAAGAAAUUAGUAGAAUUUAUUUGCAAAAAUGUAAAGAAAACAAGUAGUACUCCAGCUGUUAUUAUUGCUUUAAAAAAAUCAACUAAAGAUAAGCAAAAAGAUAUUUUAUUAAAACUGGAUGAAUUAAAAUGGUUAAAUAAGUAUUUAGAAGAAUAUAGAACGACCAACAUGGAAAGUAUUUAUUUACAUGAGCUUUUAGAAGAAGAUGAUAUCAAAUUACCGACUCCAAAAAUUAUACCAAGAAAUCCUGAAUUGGAAGCCAGAACACAAAAAUUGAAAGCACAACAAGAUGCUAUCAAAUAUAAAGCUAUGACAAAAAAUGUAGAUACAACUACAAUGAAAUUACCAGAAGACAAUAUUUCAUAUCAAAUGAAGCAGAUAAAUAAGCAACUUAUAGCUGUUGCACAAUUUGUAUUUUCUGUGCUAGCAGGUUUUGCUUUUGGAUUUAUAGGUGUAGAGUUAAUAGUAGGAAAUUUAGAUUUUGGAUUUAGGUUGUUAUUAGGUAUAAUUUGUGCUCUGAUCAUAGCUUUGGCUGAAAUUUAUUCUUAGCAAUUAAAUUAAAUGAGGAUGUAUAUGAUACUAUUUCAACAGGAUCGGCACCUAAAAAAUUGCAUCAAGAAUAAAAUUUUAUAAAGCAUUGUUAUUAAAAUAUGUUCUUUUAAAAUUAAUAUCUUUUUGUUAACUUCUAAAGAAAUAAAACAUAGAAUUAUUAUGUGCCAAUAUAAGAUGAUAUAAACAAUAGAGUGAUGCAAUUUAAAAAAUAAACAGUAAAAAAAUUAAUACAUUUAUUUCAUAUUAUAAACCAACUAAAAUAA